AUGGCAACUCCCACUGCAUCCAUCUCAACCUCUUCUGUCACUGACAUUAACGAAAUCAAAUUCUACAAGAACAAUGCUAGUACAGUAAAUGAAGAAGACAUUCUCGGUUUGAUUACUACUCUCGGUAUUAAAGAAACACCCCAGCUGACUGCUAUUCUUGAGACUGUGAGAGCCGGUGGAAAGGUGGACAAGAACUCGUUUAAUGCGGUUAUUUCCUCCUUACUUGAAGACCGACCAACCCUUGGUGAACUGUCAGCAUCGAUUUCUGACUUUGAUAUCCAUAUGUAA